GCAAUGCAUGCGUGUUGGUGUGUGGAGGUAAGUGAACCGUGAGGAUUGAGUGAGUGCUGGACUUUUCUCUUCCGAGCGAACGAGGACUUUUUUUUUUUUUUUUUUUUUUUUUUCCUUCCCACCAUCAAAGUCUAAAGUCCGGACGAGACGACGGUUGGAACACAUUCGAAAAUGCGAGGGGGAAUCCAGGAAGAGAGCCCGUUGCCGUUAAAAAUUGAGAGCGGGAGAGCAGCCGCUAUUGUCCGUGUGCCUUCAUAACACUUGUGGCAUCGCCGAGGAGAGACUUUGACACCGACUGGCUGCUAAGCUUUCCUGAAUGGGGUGAAUUGAAGCGACAUUUGUUUUUAUUUAUGAUUAUUUGUUUUUGUGAUAAGCUAGUCCGAGGCAUUUGCAGACGUUCAAAAAAAAAAAAAGGGGAAGGGGAGGCGAGGAGGGGCAAAGAAAACGCCCUGCUGCCACAGCCUGUUACCGUUAUCUCAAAAUUCAAACUUUAUCGUCGACUUCAAAAUGCGAGAUGGAAUGUGGGACGUUAUGUCAUUUUUUUUUUUUUUUUUUUUUUUUUUAACGUCUCGUGCUUUGUUUAAGGGCCGCACUCUUGGCAAGUUUUUGGAAGUCUCGUUGCUGUAGGAAUAUUUUCCCCUCUUCGUCGUUGCACACUAUCCCCGUUGGAGACGAUCUGGGUGGGCUGGGAGCCCCAAGGGUGCCCCGCUAGGCCCGAACAACGAAUUUUCACAUGUAAACCCAAGUACUUUGGGGCGAAAACAAGGCUUUCUUUCUCAUUAUUUGCCGAGCGACGCCGCAGAUAUGGCUCAGGGCGCCGAGAGGAGGAUGGAAAGCCGGCUGAAGAAGUUGGAGGACAUGAUGAGAAACCCCAGGUCUGCGUUAAACCUGGAAAGUUUGCUGGACUCCUUAAAUGCGGUGGUCUUAGAUUUGGACUACCCUGCACUUCGCAAGAACAAAAAUAUUGAAACGUUUUUAAAUAGAUAUGAGAAUGUCAUAAAACAGGUCAGAGACCUGCAGAUGAAGUCAGAUGACUUUGAUAGAGUUAAAGUGAUUGGCCGAGGAGCUUUUGGUGAGGUUCAACUGGUCAGGCAUAAAGCCUCUCAGAAGGUCUACGCCAUGAAGCUUCUCAGCAAGUUUGAGAUGAUCAAACGGUCAGACUCUGCCUUCUUCUGGGAAGAAAGGGACAUCAUGGCCUUUGCUAACAGUCCAUGGGUGGUGCAGUUGUGCUGCGCCUUCCAAGAUGAGCACUACCUCUACAUGGUGAUGGAGUACAUGCCAGGAGGUGACCUGGUUAACCUCACCAGUACCUACGAUGUGCCAGAGAAAUGGGCCAAGUUUUACACCGCAGAGGUGGUGAUGGCACUGGAUGCUAUUCACUCGAUGGGCUUCAUUCACCGGGAUGUCAAACCAGACAACAUGCUGCUCGACAGACAUGGACACCUGAAGCUUGCGGACUUCGGUACAUGCAUGAAGAUGGACUCAACUGGUAUGGUACAUUGUGACACAGCAGUUGGAACCCCUGACUACAUUUCUCCUGAAGUGCUGAAAUCCCAGGGAGGCGAUGGUUAUUAUGGGAGAGAAUGUGACUGGUGGUCUGUUGGCGUCUUCAUCUUUGAAAUGCUUGUUGGUGACACGCCAUUUUAUGCUGAUUCUCUGGUGGGAACCUAUAGUAAGAUCAUGGACCAUAAAAACUCCCUCAACUUUCCAGAUGACGUAGAGAUCUCCAAAGAUGCAAAGAAUAUAAUCUGUGCCUUCUUGACUGACAGGGAAGUGCGAUUGGGACAGAAUGGUGUGGAGGACAUCAAGCGACACCCUUUCUUCAGGAACGACCAGUGGACCUUUGACACAAUCAGAGAGACCGUUGCACCUGUGGUCCCCGAGCUGAGCAGUGACAUUGACACUAGUAACUUUGAUGAGAUUGAAGAUGAUAAAGGUGAUGUAGAGACGUUCCCCACACCCAAGGCUUUUGUUGGAAAUCAGCUCCCCUUUGUGGGCUUCACCUACUUCAAAGAAGACCAGUUACUAAAUGCUUCGAAGAACUCCUCAUAUCUUAAUGAUAAUUCAAAGGGAGAGUCUGUAGCACUGCAGAAGAAGCUUCAUCACUUGGAAGUGCAGCUGAAUAAUGAGAAGCAAGCCAAAGACGAUCUGGAGCACAAAUUUAGAGCUGCCACUAGUCGUCUGGACAAAGUCUCGAAAGAACUUGAAGAUGAGGUGACCAGCAGGAAGAAUUUGGAGUCAAGCAUGAGGCAGCUGGAAAGGGAGAAGGCCCUUCUGCAGCACAAGAGCCUGGAGAGCCACCGCAAGGCUGAGAGCGAAGCUGACAGGAAACGCUGUCUGGAAAAUGAAGUCAACAACCUUCGUGAUCAGCUAGAUGACCUAAAAAGAAGAAAUCAGAAUUCACACAUUUCUAAUGAAAAGAACAUUCAUCUGCAGAAACAGCUGGAAGAAGCCAACAUAUUGCUGCGGGCUGAAUCUGAGUCUGCAACGAGGCUUCGUAAAACCCAGACAGAGAACAGCAAACAGCUGCAGCAGCUGGAGGUGAACACGCGAGAGCUGCAGGACAAAUGCUGUCUGCUGGAACGCAGCAAGUUAAGCCUCGAGAAGGAAUGCAUCAGCCUGCAGGCCGCCCUGGAGACAGAACGCAGGGAGCACAGCCAGGGCUCAGAGACCAUCAGUGACUUGAUGGGGCGUAUCUCUGGCCUUGAGGAGGAGGUGCAGCAGCAGAAACGAGCUCUCUCCAAAAUGGAGACUGAGAAGAGGCAUCUUCAGGAGAAGCUCACUGACUUGGAAAAGGAGAAGAGCAACAAAGAGAUUGAUUUCACCUACAAGCUGAAGGUGCUGCAGCAGGGGCUGGAGCAGGAGGAGAGCUCCCAUAAAGCCACCAGGUCUCUGCUGGCAGACAAGAACAAGAUAAAAGUAACCAUCGAAGGUGCAAAAUCAGAGUCUAUGAAGGAGAUGGAGCAGAAGCUGGCAGAGGAACGAGCAGCCAAGCUGCGGCUGGAGAACAGAAUACUUGAACAGGAGAAGCAUAGCAGCAUGAUGGACUGUGACUAUAAACAAGCUCUUCAGAAGCUGGAUGAGCUGCGCAGACACAAAGACCACCUCACGGAGGAGGUGAAGAAUCUAACGUUGAAGAUUGAACAGGAGACCCAGAAACGUAACCUGACACAGAACGACUUGAAGGCCCAGAAUCAACAGCUAAAUUCUUUGCGAACGUCCGAAAAGCAGCUCAAGCAAGAAACAAAUCACCUACUGGACAUUAAACGCAGCUUGGAAAAACAGAACCACGAGCUCCGCAGAGAAAGACAAGACACAGACGGGCAAAUGAAGGAACUCCAAGACCAGUUAGAAGCUGAACAGUAUUUUUCUACUUUGUAUAAGACCCAGGUUCGUGAACUAAAAGAGGAAUGUGAGGAGAGGAACAAACUCUUCAAAGAGGUGCAGCAGUCGCUUCAAGAACUACAGGAGGAGAGAGAUUCUCUGGCUGCCCAGCUGGAAAUCACACUUACUAAGGCUGACUCAGAGCAGCUAGCUCGCUCUAUUGCUGAGGAGCAAUACUCUGAUCUGGAAAAGGAAAAAAUCAUGAAGGAGCUGGAGCUGAAGGAGAUGAUGGCCCGCCAUCGUCAGGAAUUGUCAGAGAAGGACAUCACCAUCAAUUCGUUGGAAGAAGCCAAUAGGACCCUGACCAGUGAUGUCGCCAACCUGGCCAAUGAGAAGGAGGAGCUCAACAAUAAAAUGAAGGAAGCCCUUGAAGAAACAGAGAAGUCCAAGGAUUGGGAGCAGCAUAUAAUUCAGAUGAAGCACACAUUUGAGAAGCAGCUGCAGUCUGAGAGGACCCUGAAAACUCAGGCCGUAAAUAAGCUGGCAGAGAUCCUGAACAGAAAGGAGAUACGUGGUGGAAGUAGUCGCCGUGGCAACGACACAGACAUGCGCCGCAAGGAGAAGGAGAACAGAAAGCUGCAGCUGGAGCUGAGAUCGGAAAAAGAAAAGCUCAACAGUACCAUCAUAAAAUAUCAGCGAGAGAUCAACGAAAUGCAGGCGCAAUUGGCAGAUGAGAGUCAGAUGCGCAUUGAGCUCCAGAUGGCUCUGGACAGUAAAGACAGUGACAUUGAGCAGCUGAGGAAUCUCCUCCAGUCACUCAGUGUUCAAUCAAUGGACUCUGCCAGCAUCAGUAGUGGACCGGAUUUUGAUGCAGAUGAUGCCUUUACAGAAACAAGACUUGAAGGGUGGCUUUCCCUCCCUGUGCGUAACAACACCAAGAAGUUUGGAUGGGAGAAAAAGUAUGUUGUUGUGAGCAGCAAGAAGAUUCUCUUCUACAAGAGCGAACAAGACAAAGAGCAGUCCAUUCCUUAUAUGGUGCUUGAUAUAGACAAACUCUUCCAUGUGAGGCCUGUCACUCAAACAGAUGUGUACCGAGCUGAUGCCAAGGACAUUCCAAGAAUAUUCCAGAUUCUUUAUGCCAAUGAAGGUGAGAGCAAAAAGGAGCCUGAAUUUCCUGUAGAGCCUCUGCCAAUCGGUGAAAAGUCCAGCUACAUCUGUCACAAAGGCCACGAGUUCAUUCCCACGCUUUACCACUUCCCCACCAACUGUGAGGCAUGCACCAAACCACUAUGGAACAUGUUCAAGCCUCCGCCUGCUUUGGAAUGUCGGCGCUGCCACAUUAAGUGCCACAAGGACCAUAUGGACAGAAAAGAGGAGAUCAUCGCUCCUUGCAAAGUGAACUAUGACGUGUCUACGGCCAAGAAUCUGCUGCUGCUCGCCAUGUCUCAGGAGGAGCAGCAGAAGUGGGUGAGCCGUCUGGUCAAGAAGAUUCCCAAAAAGCCACCACCACCUGAGAACUUUGCACGCUCCUCACCACGCACUUCCAUGAAAGUCCAGCCCAGUCAGUCCAUUAGGAGACCCAGUCGACAGCUCCCCACCAGCAAGAGCAGAUUGGUGGGCUUUGGUCUUCAAGAAUGGCACUGGCCCUUGGAUGAUAUUGAUGAUGAUUGUGUUUCUAGUCAUUUCUGAUGAGUUGCUAUGGUAACCCUGUGUGCAGUGCAAUGGUUGCUGUGUGAUCUAUUGCGCAUGGUUUGUCCUGCUGCGUUUUGGUUGGCUUUGGCCUUGUUCGUUUAAUCGUGUUUACCGUUUAUUUUGACAAAUCUGCACUUUCUUAUCGAUGCAAACAGUCUAGGCUAGGCCAGAUGAGUUAGGAGUUGAACUCGAACAUGGAUUGUGCCGCAGGCGCUCUCCCCCAACAUAAGUGAGCUCUCUGACCUCACAAUUUUCCUUCUCGAUGAUAGUUUUGUUUUCAGUUUUUCGAGGGUGUACAUGUUCACAUAUACUUGUCCAUAAUGUACAUUACAAAUAUGUACUUCUGAAUUUUACCCGUGCCAGAUUGCUUUGCACCCACUGUGUUUUUGUAAAUUCAAAAUUUAUGUUUCUCCUCAAAAAUGGAUGCUGACACUGUAAGCCCUACUGUUUGCCCAUUUUUGGACUAAAGUGUCUUUUUCCCAUUUGCAUUUAUAACAUUUAAAAAAUGUUUAAUUCACUAGAUCAAAUGGCCUCAAAUUGAUGCGAGAAGACUCCAGCAGUGGACUAUGGUACAAAAUGAUUUCUCAGAUUUUUCAUCUUGGUUCAUUUUGUGGUGGUGGGCAACUUGCUGCAUGUGUCAACUUGGUGCUAAAAUGAGCGCAAACUUGGUGCUUUUCUUAGAGGAUGGCUUUACGGAACUCCACGGUGACGAAAAUAGAGACAGUUUUCAGUAUUGUAUAAUUAUUUUGCAAGGAUAUUGAAUAAGAUGUUUAAGCAGUUAUUUGAUAUCCUUGUAAGAGAGCUUCCAGUAGUUUUACUAGUAAUGUGCAGUUGUGUACGAGUAGGCAUAGAAGUAGCACAAGUAGUAAAAAAAUGUUGCUAGUAAGACAGUCAUUCUACUAGUGUGCUAAGGUUUAUAACUGGUGAGGAUAAAGAGUGUACUAGUACGUGGACCUUAAGCUGGACAUAAAAUAAAUGCUCAAAUAGCUUUCCGUAACGUCAUGUCCAAUUGUGUUGACUGGAUAUUAUCAAAUCAGAAUAAGCUUUCUUGGCCAAGUAUGUUACAAGACACAAGGAAUUUGUCUCCUGUCGCCGGAGCCACUCUAGUAUGGCAACAAAUAGCCACUAUGACAAAAUAUACAUUUAAGACAUUUCAAGAGACCCUUACAUAUACUGUACACCUCCAAUAUGACUGGUUAUAUUCACUGAACAUAUGAAACAAUCUGAUUGCGCAACAGCCCAAAUUGCAAGUAAAUAACUCCACAAGCGUCAGAACCAGUAACAACAUAGAAGUAAUACAAAUAUUGAAUGUUACAUACUUGUUAGUUGGCCUGGGUGACUCUUCUCCCCUGACAAUACUCCACUGGCUGUUGUGAGCAAUUAUUUAGCUUAUUUAAUGAUACGCAUCUUAAAUGUACCAUAGUUACAUCAUAUUUUCUGCUGUACGUUUACGUAGAUUUUUAGUGAGUGUCUUUUAAAUGUUUGUAUUUGUGUUUGAGUCAGUCAGUGCAUUUUGAUGAUAUCAAGCUCAAAUAGCCAGAGUACAUCCAACCUGCAUCCCCCCCCCCAUUUCUGCUACCUGUGAUGCAUAUCUUAAUUGGUCCACUUAAGACCAAAAAAAUUAAAUAAAUUCACUUGAGCCAUGCAGUGUAAAUCCAGUUGAACUGACAAAUGUUUUUUUUUAAUUUUCUUUUUUUAUAGCCCUCUUCU